UUGGCUCUGGCCAGCCUGAGCGGCACCAGGCCAAGAUGAGCGAAGAAAGGCCCCCUGGCCCUCUCCUUACUCUAAGCACACACUUCUUGGUUAUUUCCCCUUUUCCUGCCAGCCCUCUCCUGGGAGCCUGGGCAUAGAGAAAGAAAGCAGAGAUGAGCAACAUUUCCUCUUGGGCAGGGGAUGGAGUCCGCCUGUUAGACCAGCUGCCUGGCAUCUGUGAGGCCCUGGGUUCCAUCCCCAGCACUGAAAAACCAACCAACCAACCAACAAAAAACAGAAAAACUGACCCCUCUUCAAGGACGGAACACCUCCCUAGGUGCUAGAUUCUCUGGGAAACAGUUCCCCACUCUUUGCCCCAUGAACUUGCCUAGGAGUAGAGGGAGGACAGAAGAGACGCAGACCCAAGAAAAUAACGGGGGAGAGGCAAGAAGAGGCCCUUUGUUAGAGCCUAGGGGUAACCCUCGGGGUGCCCCUUCCGUGAUUCCAAACUUAUUCUCAUUUAUGAAGUAAUUUAUUCAUGGCACAAACAUCAGUGCUUUCCAGAGACGUUGAAAGUAUCCUCUCCAACUGAAAUCCGAGGUGUGGAAACCGGGAAGUGAUGAUGGGACCGGCAGAGUGGAAGGAUCCGCUAACCCCAGGCACGACGCUGCCCCUCAAGAGCCCAGUCACUACCAUCCACGGCCACCGGGGGGCGCUCCAGCCACCAGCCCGUCCGUGACGUCAUCAGAGGCGGUCUGGGCACUCUUGCUCCGCCCCCGGGCGGACCUCUCGUGACGUCAUUGAGCGGCCCGGAAGCGCCAACACGUGUGGGUCGUUCCCUACUCCCAGCUCCUUGGCCUUGGUGUCACUGAUCAUGGGUCGCUCCCGCAGGACCGGCGCGCACCGAGCACAUUCCUUAGCCCGCCAGAUGAAGGCCAAGAAGCGGCGGCCAGACCUGGAUGAGAUUCACCGCGAGCUGCGGCCGCAGGGGCUCCCGAGGCCCAAGCCAGAGCUGGACGCCGAGCCCGACCCGGACCUGCCAGGGGGCGGCCUGCAUCGCUGUCUGGCCUGCGCGAGGUACUUCAUCGAUUCCGCCAACCUGAAGACCCACUUCCGAUCCAAAGACCACAAGAAAAGGCUGAAGCAGCUGAGCAUCGAACCCUACAGUCAGGAAGAGGCUGAGAGGGCAGCGGGCAUGGGCUCGUAUGUGCCCCCCCAGCGCCUGGGCGUGCCCACAGAAGUGUCCACUGAGAUCCCUGAGAUGGACACAUCCACCUGAGGGGCCUGAGGAUAUAGGGCAGAGAAACUGCCCAUGGACAGUGGUUCAGUGCUAGUCUGAGAGUGUGUACUUUGGGUUUUGGGGAGAUGAUCUCUUCUGGGUGUUCUGCCCAAAAUAAAGGACCUGGACAAGA